GUGUUACACCAGCGACCUCGCGACUCUUCGAACUCCCGUUAUGGACUGACCACGGGCUCUGGCAGGAGUGCCGACCUCGUCGAGUCGUCGUCUGACCCACCAACAGGGCAGGGGCGCCCGAGCCGAGGUCACGAGCCGCCGAAAUCAAGCCACCAUGGCUUGGCCUAAGCAUCCUUCCCCGGACGGUAUAACAAGAUGGAGACGCUGGCGUUCCUGCGCCCCGCAAUGCCCCGGACGCCUUCGAUCCUCUUGACACUAAGAGGCGCUGCAUAGUUUGUAUUGUGUAUUCUUUGCCUGCCAGCCAUGGGGAAGCCAGCGCGUUACACGUUCGAUGUGCGCCCCGUCGCACACCCGGAUGCUAUUGUCGCGGGCGACAAGUACCGAUUCACUAUCCUUACAGACGGUCUCCUGCGAUUCGAGUGGUCUGAGGAUGGCAAAUUCGAAGAUCGAGCAUCGACCUUCGCGGUCAACCGAAAGCUAGCCGUGCCAGACUUCUAUGUUUGGGACCGCGGCCACGGCAUCGAGAUCGUCACGAAACGCUUCCACGUACUCUACGACAAGAAGAAGUUCAGCGCAGAGGGACUCAAGGUCAACCUCAAGGGAAACGUGACAGGUUCUUGGACAUACGGUCAGAACGUCUCGAACUUGGGUGGAACCACACGGACAUUGGACGGCGCCAAUGGAAGAAGAGAACUAGGGCCAGGUGUCUUAUCUAAGGACGGUAUUGCCGUUCUGGACGACAGCAAGUCUAUGCUGUUCGAGAAGGAUGGCUGGAUUGCAGGCCGCAGGAAUCAGAGCGACAUCGACCAGUACCUCUUUAUGUACGGCCGCGACUAUCGCGAGGCGGUGCGCGCAUACUACGCUGUCUCUGGAAGCCAGCCUCUUCUCCCGCGUUACGCAAUGGGUAAUUGGUGGAGCCGAUACCAUGCAUACGACGAGAAGGAGUACCUGGAGCUGCAUGACCACUUCGAGAAGGACGAAGUUCCUAUGAACGUGGCUGUGGUGGACAUGGACUGGCACCUUGUCUGGAAUUUGCCUGAUGGUAUCAACGGCUGGACAGGAUACACCUGGAAUAAGGAACUGUUUCCAGAUCCCGAUGCUUUCAUGAAGAAACUGCACGACCGCGGCAUGAAGCUGACUCUGAACCUGCACCCCGCAGACGGCUUCAGGUGGCACGAAGCCCAAUACGCGGAAGUCGCGAAAUCUCUGGGCAUCGACCCUUCGAGCAAGAAGACGAUCGAGUUCGACUGCACAGACAGGAAGUUUAUGGACGCAUACUUUGAUAUUGUGCACCACCAGCAUGAGUCUCGGGGCGUCGAUUUCUGGUGGGUAGACUGGCAGCAGGGUAAUACCUCUAAGAUCCCUGGCGUUGAUCCACUGUGGGUGUUGAACCACUUCCACUUCCUCGACAGCGGCCGUGGCUCGCAGAGACCGCUGAUUUUGUCACGCUUCGGCGGUCCAGGUGCACAGCGUUACCAAAUUGGGUUCUCUGGCGAUGCUAUUAUUACCUGGGAGUCGCUUAACUUCCAGCCUGAAUUCACAGCUACGGCAUCGAACAUUGGCUACGGCUGGUGGAGCAACGACAUUGGAGGUCACACGCACGGCUACAAAGACGACGAACUGACGACACGGUGGGUGCAGUUGGGCUGCUACUCGCCCAUUCUCCGAUUGCACUCGGACAACAACCCCUUCAACACCCGAGAGCCCUGGCGAUUCACCGAGGAAAGUCGAGUCAUCAUGGAAGAUACCCUCCGAUUCCGCCACAGGCUCAUCCCAUAUCUCUACACCAUGAACGCUCGCUCGGCUUCAAACGAUGAGCCCCUUGUCCAGCCUAUGUACUGGGACCACCCAGAAGAAGAUUCGGCCUACAACGUUCCCAAUCAGUUCCGCUUCGGCAGCGAGCUCAUUGUAGCUCCUGUCACCCAGCGCCGCGACAACACCACCCACCUUGGCGCUUCCAAGUUAUGGCUGCCGAACGGUCGCUACGUCGACAUCUUUACUGGUGUCGUCUACAACCGCAAGGGCGACCUGCAAGUGCACCGACCACUGAACCAGACUCCUGCUUUCGUGCGCGAAGGCGCGAUCGUGCCCCUCGAUGGAGCGUGGCGACCCAAGAGCGGCAGCCCGAACCCAGAGUCGAUCGAAAUCCUACUUGCUGUUGGCGCAGAUGGGUCCUUCACACUGAUCGAAGACGACGGCACUGGCUCGCAAGUUGAUGACGGCGGCUUCCGCUUCAUCGACGACGAGGGCGAGGAAGCCCCGGCCGACCAAACAGUGCACUUCAGCUACACACCCAUCACCUUCAAGCAGUCAACCGGUGUGCUCACAAUCGGUCCCACCAGCCCACCCAACUCCGCCAUCCCGAAGAAUCGCACCUGGACCAUCAAGCUGCUCGCCCACACCCCCGCCGACAAAGCCGAAAUCCGCUGCAUUUCCACGAGCCCAAGCACCAAGCGCAACGCCAAACCGCUCUCCUUCACCACCUCGCACGACAGCACCGGCACCCUCCUCACCCUCGGCGCGCAUCCCACCAACAACACCAUCAUCAUCGAGCUCGGCGCCUCGUCCUCGGGCCCGCAGCUCGACAUCAUCGACCCGAAUCCGAAGAUCUGGGACAUUAUCGACAAGGCGUGGAUCGAGAUGGACCAAAAAUGGGAUAUCUGGAACUGCGUGAACAACUCCGAGCCUGUUCUGAACAAAGUGCGUGCGUUGUCGAACCGCGGGCUGAAGCAGGAGUUGCUGGAUGCGAUUCUCGAGUUGCUGUUGGCGGAUGAGCGGUACGCAGGGGAGGGGGAGGAGGGGUUAGCCAUGCGGUGAGCAAACAGCAGAGUUUAUAAGUUAA